AUGGCAUCACCAAAUCGGUCCAAAGAGCGCAAAUGCCGCGCAGAAUUCGAAGAAACCCUGACCCUGCGCUACAUGGCCACACCUCUAUCACCCGUCGUCAAUAUUGAAACCGGCCACCCUCACCUCGAAUUUCCACGAAACCACCUAGCUUUCCACCUACUCACCUCCGAUCAGCUCGACCGCUUGGCUCGAUACUAUCAUCAAGUCUGGCCCCCUCUCCCGGCGACCCUAACCUAUCCAUCCGAGAUUCGGGCGUGGGUGGGUGCUCCCGACGAAGCAAAUAUCGAUAUCGCUACCAAACGUCAACGAUUUGGGCACUUCAUCGGGAUGUGGCCGUACAUCCAUCCUGUGAAUAGUGGACUGCCGCAGCCUUACUCAGACUGCCCAGAGGAAUUCGCAGUGCCCACUAGUACACAUAUUGAGGAUUGCGAGGCUAGCACUGGAGAUCAAAACGACAUUGGCGGUGAGAAUGUCGAGGGGGAUCAAGAGACGACUGACAACGGGGAGAUCUCUGCCACCGUCGAGGGUCUUCUGGAGUGGAUGGCUCGCGAGUGGGAGGUGGCGCUUCGUGAAGCGCGAGGUGAAAGUGAUGGUCUAUCUCGCAAGCACUGA